GUCCGUCGGUGCCACCCAGCUCACCGGCGACACGUCACACUGACCCGAGUUGAAGCAACCUUUUUUUUAAAAAUUAUUAUUAUUAUUUUAGCUUUCAAGUUAUAAUUCGUUUCUUUUACAACAAUUAUUUUAAUACGAAUCUUCAUUAAAAAAAAUAACAAGUAUAAGCGAUCUUUCUUUCUUUUUUCUUUUUUUUUAAGUUUGGGUACUUGUUUCAAGCUAAACCGUUUUAUGGACUUGUUUUUACCCGCUCGGAAGGACAAUAAGCCUACUUCCUAGUGAAGUAGAUUACUGGACCGUUUGAUGCGUGGGUGUUUAUUCAUUCGUACUUGCUCCGCAAUUUUUGGCUACAACUACCUGAUAAUUACUUGAGACUAGUUUGUAUACUGAGUCCUGCUUAUCCUUAGCUGCUGUGCAGAAAUGUGGCGCGGACUUUCACUGCUGAUUUUCUGUUGUGCUGUAAGAAGUCUGGCGGUGGACGGAAGCAUUCAGGAGAAGAUGCUGCUGGCUGAAACCGACGAGCUGAGGCCGAUUAAAGAUGCCAACUCCACAGGCAAAGCAGAGGGUAGUCACCAGUUCCCGGAGAAAGCCACUCAGGGAAGAGUUCCACAGUUCCAACCCACUGUCGAGCCUCUGGAGGACGAGCUGGAAAACCAAGAGAAUAUAAUAAGCCAGUUGCUGGGAGAUUACGACAAAGUAAAAACAGUGUCUUCAGGGUCCGACUGUGUGUGUCGCUGUGUUGUUCGACCAAUCAAGCAAUCCGACUGCAGCCAUGUCCAUGAAAGUGACCUAAAAUCACCAUCUCAGGAUUUUUACACUGUAGAGACAAUUACCAAAGGAACAGACUGCAAGAAGUGUGUGUGCAUGGCUCCACCUUCCGCUGUCAAUCCCUGCGAGGGAGAGUACAGGUUUAAAAAACUACAGGAAGCGAGCAAAGAUGACAUCAAGCUGGCAACUAUCAUUGACUUGUUGGAAGGCUCUCUGUAUGGAAUGGACUUGUUAAAGCUCCAUUCUGUUACCACCAAGCUACUGACCAGGGUGGACAACAUAGAGAAGGCAUUCACACAAAAUUUGACUGAAAGAAUGAGAGAGAAAGAACGUGUAAAGGAAAGAGCAAGGGAAAAGGAUAAAGAAAAAAAGAUCCAGCUGAAAAAAAAGAAACUGAAUGAUGAGCGCUCAAGAGUUAAAAGUGGAGGAGCUGCCUACGCCCACAAGCAGAAGAAUUAUGAUAGCCAGCUGAAGACAAACCACCAGCAAGAUGGUGUGGAGGAACAGAACCCAAUCAGGAAUCAGACAGAAACACGAAAGCCAAUCAAAGAGAAGACAGAGCCAAAGCAGCCAAUGAAAGACAAAAACACUGUUGUCAUCAGGGGUGUGACCUUUUAUAAGGCAGAGGAAGAGAGCUACAAGGAGGAUAAGAAAGGCAAAGCACAGAGCACUUCUGUAACCACAAAAUCAUCAGUGGAUUUGCAGGUGUCUGAGCAGCUGCCACGUAACAGGCAUUCAAAAACUACCAUAAAGCCAGACCUCAAAGACAUACCUUUGACCAGUUCUUCACCAUCCCAUCCACCAACAGCUCCCCCAUCUACCAGCCAACAAACCAUAACUGCAACCCAACCAGUUCGCUCCUCUACAACAACUCCAAAGCCAACGGGAACUACCCAAAAAUCCUUAACUACCAGACCUGCUAUUCGCCCCACUGCGCCUGUCAGCCAGUAUACCACUUCACCCUCAGACACCAAUAUCACUCCACCUAUUGGUGCAGCUCCCACCUCAGCGCCUCAGUCAAGAACCAAAAGCCGCCUCAGCUGGACAGAGAGCCCCGCCGACCAACCAACAGUUACCAAAAAGCCAGGAGUGUGUAAGGACACAGUAGCUAGCAUCUCUGAACCGGUCCAGAAAAAUACUUAUGGCCUUAGUGAUGGAGCCUGGAUGAGAGAUGCUCGUGGUCAUGGGAACGUCAUCUACCUCACUAAUGGUCACUAUGGCAACAACUUACUGGAGUUCCGAGACAUGGACACCUUCAAAUUAGGUCAGACAAGUAAUUCAUACAAGCUACCUUACAGUUUCACUGGAACAGGCCAUGUUGUGUUUAAUGGGGCUUUCUACUAUAAUCGAGCCUUCAGCAGGGACAUUAUCAGAUAUGACCUGAGGCACAGAUAUGUGGCUGCGUGGACCACACUGCACGAUGCUUUACUGGAGGAGCAAAUUCACAGGACACAGACUGAAGUCGAGUUUGCGGUAGAUGAGUCCGGCCUGUGGCUGCUUUACCCUGCUUUGGACACAGAGGGCUUCCACCAGGAAGUUAUCCUGCUAAUCCACCUCCACCCUCGAGACCUUCAACCAAUACAGACCUUUCGCACAGGUCUCAGAAGAGGUCGUUACGGUAACAGCUUCUUGGUAUGUGGCGUGCUUUAUGCAGUGGACAGUAUGGAGCGUCGCUAUGCAAACGUGACCUACGCAUUUGACACUCACACACUUACGCACACAGUGCCAAGCCUGGCGUUCACAAACAUGCAUGCACAUAAUUCUCAGCUGGCUUACUGUCCACUGGACAAGAAACUGUACUCAUGGGAUAAUGGUCAUCAGAUGAUGUAUGAUGUCAUUUUUGCUUAUUUAGAAUAAUGGGCAGAUGGUUAGAUGAAUAUUUGGCAAUUUAGUUUGUCCAGUGAGUCAAAACAAAGCCAAGGAUGGAAGAAAUACGAAAACUGAACAGAUAUUCCGUCUGUGUUUUGUUUCGAAAAGACUGUGGAUCAAUCAAACACUGUGUGGUCACUGGGUUGCUGCUCUGAUGUGCACACACUUAAGUCAGUAACUGUCGGACACAGCACUUGCAGACAAGAAAAGAAGAAUUGUAUUGUAUCUUGGGUGACAUGGAGAAGUUAUAGAAAAGUUAUAGAAAAGCCAAAAUUAUUUCUCUAGAUCUGUAUUUUUUGUUCACAUAAACAACAAUUAAUGUGGAACAAACUGUCUUAUCAUCAGAAUUUCAUUGGUUUUCAUUUGCGCAUAAUUUACACAUAAUUUUGUGAAAUCCAGCCUGAAAUAUGUAUAGGACUUUAAGAGGUAACCUCAGUUUUAACCCAGGAUUUCCAGUCUUUCAGAUGUUGCCUAACCUACUAUCAGUAAAUACAAAACCACCUCCUACUGACCAGUCUCUGAUGAGCAUCAAUAAGAAAUGCAUGCAGAUUGGGAGAAACUUGCUUUUCCUUCUGAUUUUUAGUCAGUUUAAUCAAUUUUAUGUUGUAUUAGCUUUGGCGUGAUAUUAUAUUCUAAAGAAAUAAGGCAAUAAGCCUUGACUUAUUAAAGAAUAAGGAUAAUGUUGUUAUAUACAAGCAGCAACUUCCAGAACUAUAAAAAUUAAGCAAAUGCAGAAGUGGCCACAAUAAACAAGAAAAAAGCCUUGCCGAAGGCAAGCUUCAAAAGUGAGUCGAUCCCAAUGGACUCCCAGAUUAUAAACACUACCUGUUUUAUGUGAAUGUCUGGAUAAUAAAAUUGGUGGAGACCCAGAUUGAAGUACUACUUUUGUAAUCAACUCUGUGUGAAUACUUAACAGGAUUAGCAAUUUUAGGAUAACUGAAUCCUGAUCAGGAGAAGAAAGAGUUGUAUAAAAAAGGAGAGAUUUCACAGGACUCCGUUCUGAAAACUAACUAGACCCUGUGAUUCAGUAGCUUGUAGAUGCACCUUUAGCAGCAAUAAGCUGAAGCAAUGUAAAGUAGUCUUUUCUGUCUACUAUUAGUCUUUCAAAUCACUGUAGAGGAAUUUUGACCCAUACUUGCUUACAUUGUUUCAGUUCUUUGAGGUUUGUAGGCAUUUGUUUAUGCAGAGCCCUGUCAGCUAUUUUGCUGGUGUUCUUGGGAUCAUUGUCGUGUUGCAUGACCAGUUUUAGCUGGGGGACAGAUGGCCUCACAUUUGACUCUAAAAUAUUUUGGUAUACGGAGUUCAUGCUUGGUUCAGUCUGCAAGUUCCCAGGUCUUGUUGUUAAAAACAAGGCUGAAUCAUCACUCCACCACUGUGUUUGACAGACGGUAUUGAGUGUCUGCUGACUGGUUUUCAUGGAACAUGGCACUGCACAUUAUGGCCAAACAUCUCAACUUUGGUACUGUCUGUCUGAAGUACAUGUUCUCAGAAGUCUUGUGGUUUGUUCUGAUGCAAUUUUACAAAUCCAAGAGGUGCUGUUAUGUUCUAUUUCGAGAGAAGAUACUUUUUCCUGGCAGCAGUUUCAAACAAUCCAUACUAGUUCAAUCAUUUUCUUAUUUUACUGUCAUGAACUGUAACAUUUAACAUAGUAAUUAAGGCUUGUAGAUUCUGAGAUGUAGCUCUUUGGUUGCAAUUUCUCUGAGCAUUCUAUGAUCUGACCUUAGGGGAAUUGCUGGGAUGUCAACUCCUGGGAGAAUUGGCAACUGUCUUGAAUAUUUUCCACAUGAAUAAUCUUUCUCACUGUAGAGUGAUGGACUUCAUUUUGUUUGGAAAUGGUCUUAUAACCUUUUCCAGGCAAAAUUAUUUAUCAGAAGCAAUGAUUGUUUUGGUUAUAGUGGAUGUGGAAACAGUAAGGGUGCUUACUGACUGUAUGUUGGGCAGAGGUUUAUAUUUACUCAUCAUGACCAUGAAUGUUAUGCUAAUUUGGGGCUUUUAAAGAUGUCUUUGAACUGCUCUUUUUACAGAGUGGAAUGAUUGUACAACAUACAUCUUUAAUGACUUAAAAGAGAAAAAAACAAGAAUUAGGUCAAUAAGUUUAAAUUUAUUUAGAACUUUCUUUAAUCUACACAGAGUCAAAAUUACAGCAGUGUCAAGUACCUCAGGUAAAAUAAGUAUUGAACAUGUGACCAGUUUUCUAAGUAUAGAUAAAGGUGCCAUUGACAGAUGUUGGUAACACCCAUCCAAUCCACACAUGCAUAGAAAGAAACUAUAGAUGUCCAUAAUUAAGGGAAAAAGUAUCAAACAUGCCUUUGUUGGUGAUGACAGUCUCCUGUAUGGCAAAACUAGCCGUGUGCAUUGCUCCAGGUGUGAUUUUGGCCCAUUCUUCGAUAGAAAUCCUAAAGGUUCUGUGUGCCGUGUCUACUAACUCUGAGCUUUAGUUCUUUUUCAGCAGACUUUUAUCAACAGUGUCUCUGUGCAUUUUUCCAUUAAGCCUUCCUUCAGUUACAUAAAGUGUGCCAAUGCCGUAUGCCGAAAAAUAGCCCCACACAAUAAUAUUCCCAUCUCCAACAUCCUUGUUGGUAUGCUGUGCCUUUGACCUCCAAAGAUGAUGUGCAUUUUGGAGCCAACGAGUUAAAUUUUUUUGCCAUCUAGUCAGACUAUACUCUUCAAGUAUUUCACAGGUUUGCCUAAAUGUUGUUCAGCAAACUUUAAACACACUUCAACAUGCUUUUUCUUCAGCAGUGGAGUCUUGUGUGAAGAGCAUGCAUACAGGCCAUGGUAGUUGAGCGCAUAUCUUAUUAUUAAACAUAACUUAAUUUAUGGACACCUAGUGUUUGACUAUAUUGUAUUUGUGGACUGGAUGGGUUGAUACCGAUAUCUGGUGCUGCUUCAGCAGCGUGGUUUUUUCAGUAAGCCUCUCUAAAUCUUUCGUUGCUGUGGUAAAAGGAAGAUGCAGAAGUAAUUUCAUGAAACAAAUCAGUGAUGCAGGUUUAAAACACACUUUAACUGAAGUUUCAAACUCUUCUGACAAUGCAGAGAUAUUGCUGUGACUUAUAAGGUAUCUGCUUAUUUUUAUUUGUUCUCUAAACAGCAUAAAAAGUGUUAGCUAAUGUAGCUUAAAUCACUAGAGAUUAUUAGCUAAUUGUAACCUUCUGAUCCACUAGUCUGCUGGUAUAUCACAAGGUGCCAGCCAAAGAGCUGAUGUACUUUUUCUUUUAGUUUGUUAAAAAUUUCUGAUCCUUUUCUGGUCUAAUUGAGAUUCAGUUUUUGUUUACAGUACAGCUCCAGAUACAAGUAUCAGCAAGUCAAAAUGAUGUCACCUGCCUAUGUCCAGCUGCAGCCUGUAUUCAGUUUGAAUAUUGCUAUGAACUGAUAUGGAUCAGUUUUUGCCUUUUAUUUACUGUAACAUUUAACUUUAAGUUAACUUUUAAGACUGAGAGAGGACAGAGAGGGAGAGAAAGAGAGAGAACAGGGUGAAGACAGCGAAGAGAGAGAGCAAAAAGAAACUGGUAAGAGUGGACAUGUAGUCAAAUUCACCAAAAAUGAAGCUGUAGCUUUCCCACAUUUAUUGAUGAUGAGUUUGCGUAUGUAAGCAGUCUGCUGCCCUGUUGUCAGUUGUAGAGACCCCUCUUAUACUCAUUACUGUUCUAUAAUAACUAUUAUGAGAUUAUAUUUGUUGUCAUUUUCUAGCUUCUAGCUGAGAAAAGAAGGAUGGAGAGAGAGAGAGGACAGAGAGGUUGUAGAAGAACAGGAAGAUUGAGGGAGCACAUAGUGAAGUUAGCUGGAAAAACAAAAGUUAUUUUUCAUAAAGUAGUUUUUCAUGUAUUUUGUGGAUGCUUUGCAUGCUUUCCAGUAGCACACUUAAAAAUGCCAAUGGAAAUUCUGAACAGGACAUAUUGAUAUGAAUUGUAGCAUUUUGCAGGAUUUAAAAGCUUUAAUAUAAAACAGCUCUACUACAGUUUGCUUUGUGUCCUGCCACUAUAGAGUGGCAGGAUGGUUUUCUGUACUAAUUAAUGCUACUAUAAGUGCUUGAUGAUUUGGUGGACUGCCUCUGUGUGAUUGAGAGACUGAAAUAAUGUUGUGCAUGUUUCUCAUCUUAUCUGCUUUGCUACAAAUAAUUCAGUAAAACUUUAAUGACUGAGCCUUUGGCUUGAGUUUAAUAACUAAAGGCUCCACACUAAAAUGGUGUAUUAGAUUGAAAUCUGAUUACUCACUCUGAAUUAUUCUUUGACACUACAAUUGAUCAUCCAACUAUUUGGCUGCUUUUGAAGGUAACAUUGUAAUGUUUAUCCAAUUGAAUUGAGGUUUGCAACUGUAAAAGGGGUUUAUUAUAUUUGCAAACAACAUACCUCAUUAAUAUUAAUUAUACCGACAUUAUGAUUGGGAGCUGAGCCCCCCCUAAAAGGGGUAGGCCCCUAACCUAUAAUCCCCUCUGGUUCAUGGUUAAUGAAUCUUGUUUAUUGAUAUAUUCACAAGAUUAGGUUUUGUGAGCUUUAUGCUUCUUAAAAAUUAGCAGCUUUUGAAAUUCUUUGCUUAAUGAAAGCAAAUUUGCAUAUGAUAUGCCCCAUGUAACACCAGUAUAAUGCAUUUUUUUUAGAUUUUGUAUUAAAGUAAUUGCCUGUUAUUUUCUUUGUGAUAUAAAUGUGUAUCAUUUGUCCUUUUAAUGUGUGUCCCAUUGUUGAUAGAAGUGGUAAAAUAAUUUUUAACUUGUACUAUUUUGGUUGUAAAAAAACAAAAAACAAGACAAGGGCAAGAAUUUUGACUGCUUAACUAGG